GGAGCAGAGGCUGCGGCGUCGGCUCGGGAAGACGCGUUUGCAGCUUAAGCUGGAGACUCACCCCGCCGGAGGAGAUUUAAAAUCAGCCACGAUGGCCACCAGGAGGAGAGCUAUGAGCUUCAGUGAAAAGCACCAGAAGUUAGUAGACGAAAACUUCCGCAAAUCGUUGCAUGUCCAAGUCUUGAAUAAGUUAGAGAGGCAAACCAAGAAUCAGGUCGUGAAAAAUCAAAACGAUGAGAGGGUUGAACGAAAGAGAUUCCUCAGAGUGCUACAGAAUGAGCAGUUUGAGCUGGACAUGGAAGAAGCCAUCCAAAAAGCCGCAGAGAACAAGAUGUUGAAGGAUCGACAGCUUGAGCAGGAAGAGAGACUUGCGAACGAACUGGCCAGACUAAAGCAUGAAAGUCUGAAGGAUGAAAAGAUGAGGCAGCAAGUGAGAGAGAACAGUAUGGAGCUCAGAGAGUUGGAGCAGAAAUUGCAAGCUGCUUACAUGAAUAAAGAGAGAGCUGCCCAGAUUGCUGAGAAGGACGCCAUCAAAUAUGAGCAAAUGAGACGUGAUGCUGAAAUAGCCAGGGUCAUGAUGGAGGAACACGAGAGGGUAAAGAAGGAAGAGAGUGUCAAGCAGGACCGGCGGAACAAGGAGAAGGCCCAGUACCACCUGGACCUGGAAAAGCAGCUUGAAGAACAAGAGAGGAGAAAGCAGGAGGCAUAUGAGCAGCUGCUAAAAGAGAAACUCAUGAUUGAUGAAAUUGUCAGGAAGAUCUAUGAGGAAGACCAGCUGGAAAGACAGCAAAAAUUAGAAAAAAUGAAUGCAACUCAGAAGUAUAUUGAAGCGUUCCAGAGGGAGCAAGAACUCUGGAGACAAAAGAAACGUGAGGAGAUGGAGGAAGAGAACAGGAAAAUCAUAGAGUUUAUGAACAUACAGCAGCAAAGAGAAGAGGAGCGGGUGGCCAGAGUUCAAGAGAGUGAAGAGAAGAGGGCCCAGCGUCAGAAUCUGCUGAUCCAGAAGUUGGAAGAAAGGCUGAGGAAGCAGGAGGACCUGGAGCAAGUUCGACAGGAGCUGUACCAGGAAGAACAAGCUGAGAUGCUGAAACUGAAACUGAAAGAAGAAGUGGAGCAGAAACUGCAGAGGCAGAGGGAGAUGAAGCAAGACUUGGAAGACCAAAUAGCACUGAAGGAAAUAAUUCUACAGGCUACAAAAGAGGAGGAAGAGACCUUUAAGAAAGCCAUGCUGGCUAAGUUUGCAGAAGACGACCGGAUAGAGCUCAUGAAUGCCCAGAAACAACGGAUGAAACAGCUGGAGCACAAACGGGCUGUGGAGAAGCUCAUCGAGGAGCGGCGCAGCCAGUUCCUUGCAGACAAACAACGUGAGCUAGAGGAACUGCAGCUACAGCAAAGACAGCAGGGCUGCAUCAAUAAGAUUAUUGAAGAAGAAAGGCUGAAACUCCUCAAAGAGCAUGCUACAAAAUUACUAGGCUAUCUCCCCAAAGGAGUGUUUAAAAGAGAGGAUGAUGUUGACAUGCUUGGUGAAGAUUUUAGGAAAGCCUAUCAGAAAAAGGAGUGAAGUCGGUGAAGAGAAGUGAUCAGCACCAGCAGCUGGAAACCUGAACUUUCCAGACACCACCACCAGAUGGCAGUGUAACUGUUGCUUUACAGUUGGUGACAGCAGGUCCCCAGUGUCUGUCUGCAUGUUCUAAAAUAUCCUAUUUCACCAUUUAUAAAUAGUUAGACAAGAAUUAAACACAUCAGUACUUUAACUGCAGAACUAGUCACUUUUAUUCCCUGUGCAUUCGAUGAUACUGUGGUGUAACCAGAUUCCAUAGAACUACCUGGGCAAAACAGAUGCUAAGUACUCAAUGUUUCCAGUAUUGUUCAGAGAUGUUUCUGUAUAUUAUUCAUCCUUUUGACAGUGCAUAUAUCUCCUCAAUACACUGCUUUUUAAAAUUUA